AUGACCACAGGCAGGGGGACCAUGGGUUACAUUGCGCCUAAAGUGUUCUCUAGAAACUUUGGGACUCUGUCUUAUAAAGCAUAUGUCUAUUGUUUUGGAAUGUUGUUGCUUGAAAUUGUUGGAGGAAGGAGAAGUGUUGACAUGACGUUGGAAAAUGCUAGCCAAGUUUACUUUCCAGAAUGGAUCUACAAUCUCUUAGGAGAAAAGGAAGAGUUUCAUGUUUUUAUCGAGGAUGAUGGAGAUAUGAAAAUUGCCAAAAAACUUGCAAUCGUGGAACUUCGGUGCAUCCAAUGGUACCCAAUGGACCGUCCUUCUAUGAAACUUGUUGUUCAAACAUUGGAAGAAGAAGGAGAUAAAUUAAUUAUGCCUCCUAAUCCUUUUGCCUCCCCAGGCCCUACGAGAAUCCGUGCAAGGAAGCCUAUAACGCAUUUAGGCCAAGAGUUAGAGGUCAUCCCCAAAUUAGAUUAA